AUGGCAGGUGGCUUAUGUCUGUUACUUUCCUUUCCCGUGUCAUUGAAGGAAUCCUCUUCAACCAGUGAGUGGACGGAGGUGCCCAAGUCCCUGGGCUUAGAGAAGCCUAAGCAGCAGGAGGAGCAGCAGCAACUGCCGCCAGCGAAGCUGAAGAAGGAACCAGAGAAAACCGUCUCUUCUGGCCCCCAAGAACCUACAAAUGAGUGCUCCAUCGUGUCACCCCAUACCAAGCAAGAGCAAGAUGUACCUCACCACCCCAUCUUGCCCGCCUGGAUCCUAGGAAAGGAUCCAGAUACCAAACUGCCUGCAGUCAAUCUCCUUAUUGCCACCUCUCCCAAAAUCAAGCAAGGACAUGCAGAACCAAGUGGGGACUGUCAGUCAUCCAAUGACUGUCUGGUAUCAGCAGGACUCCCCCAAUUUAAGAGGCUAUCAGGAACAUCAUGCACAGAAGUGGUGGUUCUGGAUGAUCUAGAAGACAAUGAAGUGGGACCAUUGCAGCAAAUGCACCCUCCAGUAAUCAUGGAAGUCUACAGCCUGGGUGGAGUGCAGCCCCUCUCUCAGUUGGACAGUGUCUUGCGAGAGUUCUUGGCUGAGCUGAAUGAGAUCCCCCUCCCUGCUCAUUGGGAAGUAUUGCCUCCACUGGGCAGCCCAGACCUGCGUCUCAUCCAGCGCUCGAAACACUCCACUAUGUCUGCCGCAGUCAUUCACAUCCGCCCAGGCCUUUUUUUCCAUGUGGUGGUGCAAGACCUGCUGGUGCCUCAGGAACAUGAACUUUACGCCAGCCACCCUGCCCGCCUGACCACAGUUGAUGAGGUGGUGGAACUGAUCUGCGACCUGGAGGCCUACCAGCUUUGUUCGGGUUGGCCUGCAGGGUGGCAUGCUGGAGAACGGUCUGAGGCCUGUGAUAUUCUUGUGUAUUCAGGCUGCUGCCCACAGUGCCGUCUCAACCCCUGGCCAUCAGGAAGCAGCACUCACUGAGAACCAAUCUGGCCAAGGAAAUUUGGGGACAGACUCAGCCUUCUGGGUUGAGAAUGGGCAGAAGUUUCAUUUUGACACUGGAAAUGGCUUGGAUUUCUAAAAGGAUGAUUCCUUGCCAUAAAUAGCUUUAUUUUUUUUUUU